CUGUGCCUGAAGCCGAUUAAACAGACAAGCAGACGAAAUAAAGUCAAAAAAAAUCUACGAAAUAAAAAAUUGGCAAGUUAACACCAUGUCGUACGACGGGGACAUUGUCAUUUCAGGCAUUUCAGGCCGUUUUCCUAAAUCAUCAAAUGUGGAAGAAUUUAUACAAAAUUUGAUGGACGGAGCAGAUCUGAUCACUGAUGACGACGCUCGUUGGUCAUCUAGUCUGUUCGGAAUACCGACCGGAUCUGGCAAGCUUGAUGAUCUCAGCAGUUUUGACGCAUCCUUCUUUGGUGUGCCAGCAAAGCUAGCACACGUAAUGGAUCCACAAAUACGAAUAUUCUUAGAAGCUACGUUUGAGACCUUAAUUGAUGCUGGCGUCAAUCCUGUUACUAUGAGAGGAUCGCGAACAGGCGUUUUUGUUGGAGUUUCUAUGACUGAUGCUGAAAGUUACUGGUUGCAAGUCAAAUCACAUAAUUUAACUGGAUAUGAAAUGCUUGGAUGUUUCAAACCACUGAUAGCCAAUAGAAUUUCCUUUGUAUAUGAUUUUAUUGGGCCUAGUUUUAUAGUGGAUACGGCUUGUUCUUCAAGUUUGACCGCCAUGAAAGAGGCAGUAAACUCAAUGCGCGCCGGCGAUUGCGACGCAGCAAUCGUUGGUGGAGUAAAUCUUCUAUUAAGACCGGAGCAUGCUGUUAAUUUAACCAGACUAGGAGUCUUAAGCGAGAGUAAUAAGGACAAACCAUUUGACGUUACUGCUGAUGGUUACGUAAGGGCAGAGGCGAUAUCUGCCAUAUAUUUACAGAAAGCAAAGGACGCGCGUAGAAUAUACGCCACGGUGGUUGGCAUAGAAACGAACACAGAUGGAUAUAAGCUUCAGGGAAUCUCGUUUCCCAGCACUGAACUGCAGUAUCAACUAAUGCAGGAGACGUGUAUUAAGGCGGGAAUUAAUCCUGCCGAUGUGGUUUAUGUGGAAGCCCAUGGCACUGGUACUAUAAUAGGUGAUCCGGAAGAAGUAAACUCUAUAGACAGAGUAUUUUGCAAGAAUAGGACAACGCCCUUGCUAAUUGGCUCAGUAAAGUCUAACACCGGGCACACGGAAGCAACCGCUGGAAUGUGUUCGAUCAUCAAAGCACUGGCAGCAAUGGAAACGGGCGUGAUCCCCGCAAACUUGCAUUAUUCCACUCCAAAUCCAAAACUAACUUCAGUGCUCGAGGGUCGAAUACAAGUGGUUGACAAACACACGCCCUGGAAUAGGAAGGGUCUUAUAGCCGUUAAUGCGUUCGGUUUUGGCGGAACAAACGGACAUGUACUUCUGCGUAGCAAUCCGAAGCAAAAAACGCUGGACAUGGCAGUUGACACGCCGCCUAAGCUGAUCGCCGUGUCAGGCCGCACGGAGGAAGCCGUGCACGUAUUGCUAAAUAAAGCAAACGAGCAUGCAAAAGAUAAGGAGUUUAUCGCGUUGUUGCAUGCCAUACACAGCAACCAUAUACCGGGACACAGAUAUCGCAGUUACGAGAUACUAGGUGUCAAUAACACGCGCGAGCUGUCGGCCGAAAUAGCAACCACCAACGCGAAACGCCCUAUUUGGUUUGUAUUAGACGGCAUGGGUUGCCAUUGGGUGGGCAUGGGACGUGAUCUUCUAAAAAUCGAAGUAUGCAAGCGGAGUAUGCAACGAUGCGCGGAUGCAUUGAAGCCUCACGGCAUCGAUUUCAUGAAUUUAAUUAUGAAUAGUACGAAGGAGAUGUUGGAAACUCCGCGAGGUUCUUUCAUAGGAAUUGUGGGCACUCAGAUCGCUCUCGUUGACUUAUUAACAUCAAUAAACAUACAUCCCGACGGAAUAAUUGGACAUUCUAUGGGGGAAUUGGUUUGCGGUUACGCCGACGGCCUGUUUACAUUGGAAGAAACUAUCUUAACUGCCCGCUAUAGAGCCCUGGCGAUCGAAACCACUACGAUAGAAGCAGGCGCUAUGGCGGCGGUUGGUUUAACCUGGGAAGAAGCUGAGAAGAUGUGUCCGCCUGGUGUAUCUCCAGCCUGUCACAAUUCUUUGGAUUCGGUCACCGUUUCUGGCCUACCAGAACCAUUGCAAAAAUUCAUGGAAGAGUUGAAAAGCAAGGGGAUCUUCGCCAAGGCGGUGGACAGUGCUGGCCUCGCCUUUCACAGCAAAUAUAUAAAACCGAUGGCAGAUAAAAUGUACCCCUUACUAAAAGAGAUGAUACCAAACCCAAAGCCAAGAUCGGCCAGGUGGAUUUCGAGUUCUACACCGGACGCCGAUCCGUCGGCGCGUCUUAACUCAGCCGAGUAUCACACAAGGAACUUGACCUGUCCUGUGCGUUUCCAGGAGGCGGUUUUGCACAUUCCAGAUGACGCGAUAGUAAUCGAGAUCGCGCCACAUUGUUUAAUGAAGGCGAUUCUAUCCAGAUCGCUGCCGCCAACAGUGACCAAUAUUCAUCUGCAGAGACGAGACCAGCCAGACAAUUUUAUUUAUUUGUUAUCCAACUUGGGCAAGCUCUACAUGGCUGGUGCAGAACCCGAUUUUUCUAAAUUGUAUCCACCGGUGAACUUUCCCGUCAGUCGUGGAACACCGAUGAUCGCUCCCCAUGUCAAGUGGGAUCAUUCUGCUAAGUGGAAAGUGCCAAUACAUGACAAGCCGCAAAAUGUGUCAGAAUAUAUUGUCGAAAUCGAUGUUUCAAAUGAAGAAUAUGCAUAUAUACUUGAACAUAAAAUUGAUGGAAGAGUCAUUAUGCCUGGCGCUCAAUACGUUUUGAUGGUCUGGCAAACAUUCGCAAAAUUACAUAAUACUCACUUCGACAACUUUCCGGUAGUGUUCGAGAAACUGUGUUACCAUCGGGCUACUAUUGUAUCAAAAGACGCGAAAAUACAAUUCGCAAUAAGUAUCUUCAAGAAAACCGGUAUGUUUGAGGUUUCCGAAUCUGAUGCGAUCGUCUUUAGCGGAAACGUUCACGCGCUCACUGCCUCUGAAAAGGAUCAGUUGAACAUUUCAUCGUUAGUACUGCCACCUGUCAAUACGGACUUUUUACCAUUGCGUAACAAGGAUAUGUAUAGGGAACUAAAUUCACGCGGAUACGAGUUUUGCGGUAGUUUACAAGGAAUAAAAUCAUGCGAUAAUCAUAUCACAGUCGGAGAGAUUUCCUGGUACAAGGAGUGGGUCCCAUUUAUAGAAGCCGUGUUUCAGUUUAGCGUAGUAAGCUAUUUCCAGAAGCUAGUGUACGGAUUACGCAUAACAUAUCUUUCAAUCGAUCCCAUUCUUCAGAAACAAGUAAUCUCAGGAUUACCGGAAGAUGACAUAGCUAUGCCAAUAUGCUACUAUAAGAAUGUCGACGUCACUAAAUGUGGUGGAAUUGAGUUUUUCGGAAAUCAAACUUCUUUACCUCAACGAUUACAAAUUCGAACAGAUGUCUCCUACGAGCGUUACGUUUUCGUGCCUUAUGAAAACUCGCACAGCUUAGCGAAAGAUUCGAUUAAUGGGACGCUGCAUGCGCUCACUGUUAUGUUGGAAAUUAUACAUGAAAACAUAACGACACUUCAAAUUAAGGCCGUUGAAGUUGCCGACGGGCGAACUGGAGAAGCUCUUUUGGCGCCGCUUGUACUUAACAUUCUCCAUAACAUACCCUUAAUUACCAUCGACUUAGAAGUAGUCGCCGCUUCAUCUGAUAAUUAUACGGAGAGUUUCAAUCAAAUGAACGUAGACCUUAAUUUCGUGAUACGAAACGUGAACAAUGCACCCCCUGCUAAUGACGUACAUCUUGUUAUAGCAGCAGAUGUCUUAACCAAUCAAUCUGACAAUAUUCUAAAAAAUUUAGCGACUGCUUUAAAACCUGAUUGUUUUGUUCUUUUGGAGGAAAGUGCCGCACAACUUGAUUUAAAGAUUCUGCUCAAAACAGAUCUAGUAUUGAUCGCAAAACAAAUUAGCUCUGCAGGAAAAACGUAUUUGUUACUGAAGAAGCAACAAAACAAAAGAAAACAGAUUGUGAUAAAUAUCACGGAGAAAAAUCUCUCGUGGUUGGACAGCGUAAAAGCGGCACUGAAGAAGUCGGAGGACAACGACCACGAAGUGCUACUCGUAUCGCAAGGAAAUGAAGUAUCCGGCCUAGUCGGAUUGAUGACUCGUAUUCGGAGCGAAGUCGGUGGUGCAAACGCGCGCUAUGUUUUCAUCCAAGACAAAAAUGCACCUACAUUUAAUCUAUCCACGCAACUCUACGCGGAUCAAUUGAACAAGGGAUUAAUGGCGAAUGUCUUAAAAGGAGGAUAUUGGGGCAGCUAUCGACAUUUGAAAGUGGAUCAGUAUAGCAGUGUGCGGACGGAGCAUGCCUACAUAAACGCACUGAAGAAGGGUAGUUUCAAAAACUUAACGUGGAUUCAGAGUCCAGUAAAAGGGCAGUCUUCAAGUACGAGGUCAUACGGUGUAUACUACGCAGCUAUAAGUGCCAGGGAUGCUAUGCUGGCACUUGGCAAGUCACCAUCAGACGUUCUGUCAGGAGAAAUGGACAUGGAGGAUCCUGUAUUAGGACUGGAAUUUUCUGGGAGAAGCAUGAACGGUCGUCGCGUGAUGGGCAUCGUGAAGGCCGGAGGAUUGGCGACUACCAUAUCCACGGAUUCCGAUUUGAUUUGGCACAUACCUGACAAGUGGACGUUGGAAGAGGCGGCGACAGUACCGAUAGCUUAUGCGAUCAGUUACUACGCUCUGAUUAUACGUGGUCAAUUGAAAGCUGGCGAAAAUGUUUUGAUCCACGUCGAUAGCAACGGACAAGCACCAGUUGCUGGCGUCGGACAAGCGGCAAUUAAUCUCGCUUUGCACAUGGGGUGCAAAGUCUUUACUGUCAUCAGCGUACCAGACAUUAGAGAGUCCAUCAAGAAAAUCUUUCCGCAACUGCCCGAUAAGCAUAUUGGUACAUCUCGGGAUAAAAGUUUUGAACAGCUGAUACUUAACGAGACACAGCAACGUGGAGUCGAUGUGAUGCUGAGCUCGCUGACAGAAGAGGAACUACAAGUCGAUUCGAUAUGUCUUGCAACGAACGGUCGCUUGCUCAAGAUAGGUAGCCAUACCUUGCCGAAUGACUAUUUCUCGAAGAGUAUGACCUACCACAUGAUGACGCUGGAAACACUGUUUGAGGAAUGCGCAGAGAAAACGACACUAAUAAAGCUUAUGUCGGAGGGAAUUGGAAAUGGGGCAGUGCGUCCAUUAUCAUCGAUCGUGUUCUCAGAGCAGUUCGAAGAGGGAUUCAAAUUCCUGUCAACGAACGAAUAUAUAGGCAAAAUAUUGCUGAAAAUCAGAAACGAAGAGUCAUAUAAACAUGUGCCGCCUACCCCAAAAAUAGUGGACGCUAUAGCAUGCACAUAUUUCAACUCAGGAAAAUCGUACAUAUUAUUUGAUGGUCUUGAAGGGUUCGGUCCUAAAAUAAUCAGUUGGAUGAUCACCCGCGGUGCCAAAUUCAUCGUUCUGGCGACGUCUGUAGGUGUACGCACCGGUUAUCAGUCGCUGUGUUUGCGACACUGGAGUGAAGCCGGCAUAAACGUCGUCGUUUCCACGGCAGACAUAACUACGUCAUCCGGCGUUGAAAAGUUAAUUAAAGAGAGCAGUCGAUUAGCACCAGUGGGUGGCAUAUUCAAUUUCACGACUAUAUCAAGCGAUACCUUGCUUGAAAAUUUGCAAGAGACGGAUUUCAAGACGGUGCUAUCAAUGAUCGAUGGUACAAAGAAUCUGGAUACGGUAUCGAGGAAACUUUGUCCAUCGCUCGAUUAUUUCGUUGUAUUUUCUUGUGGUCGUGGAAAUCUAGCUCAAUGUAAUGUAGCUUAUGCCACUUCAGCCAUGGAAAGAAUAAUGGAACAGAGACAAGCUGCUGGCUUACCGGGUCUCGCUAUACAAUGGGGUGCUUUCGAGAAUCCUAACACAGCGGAAAACGACGUUGUCACGAAUGGUGUUCUACCGCAACGUAUAUCAAGUUGUCUCGCAACCAUAGACACUUUCCUUCAACAUCCGCACCAAAUAUUAUGUUCUACCGUGGUAGCCGAGAAAAACACCGACGACGCUACGGAUAGCAAUAGCAAAAAUACUUUCGCUAGAAUCAUUUCCAAAAUUCUUGGCAUUAAAGACAUUAAUGCGGUAAAUGCUAAUGACACCUUCGUGGCUUUAGGUAUGGACUCGCUGGGUUACAUGGAGAUGCAACAACUUUUAGACAAGGAAUACAAUCUCACCAUGUCAAUCGAAGAAAUUUCUUCUCUGACAAUUACAAAGGUUAAAGAUUUUUCAACUCUUAAAGAUAAUUAGAAUGCCCAUAAGUACUUGGCGAGAUAUAAUUUUCUUAUUAAUUAAAUCCCUUAUUAUUU